AUGACGUAUCUUACCAAGUUUGACUCGAAAUCGGCUCGCGUGAAAGGUAUUUUACUCAGUUUUAAAAUGUUUGUCUUUCUGGCGGUGGUAGUCAUUUGUCUCAAUCCUAAGUUUAUGCGAUCCACCGACGUGCUCCUACCUGAUAACAUUCCACCCGUACCUUGCAACUCCUGCCGAACCUCUUUUGUGGACUUAUUGCUUGCUCUACUGAUUGGCUAGUUCCUGUCAGUUCCUGAUAAACACAGUCCACCCGUCCGUUCUUACGAGUCGUACCAAAGUCCUCGAUGGCGAACGCACUCAUCGGUCGCACGCGUCACCCGGGAUCGGCUCGACUGGAUGACAUUCUGCCCGAGCCAUUAAGAUACGUUGUUCUUUAUAUCUAACGCCUGACAGUGUGGCAAACCAUGUACACAUACUCGCACACAUCAAUGUCGCGCUGCGUGCCGAGCGCAGACGAAUGUGUUCCCAAGCUGCGCGGGCGUCCUCCGGUCUGAUAAGGGAGCUAGCCGAAUAAAGCAUGCUGGGUAGUGCCUCAGACUUCCGCAUCAGUGAAGACUCAGGCCAAUCAGAUAACUAGACAGAGACUCGGCGUAAACUGUAGCUGCCAGUGAGUGGCUACUCAUCUGCUAAUGCAGUGUUAUUGGGGCUGUCGUAGGGUCGCGUUUGCCGUUUCAGUAGCUUAUUCAGCUUACCUAAAUAGUUUUCGGGAGGUAACGAAAAGGAAAAGUCACGGGGGCUAUGGUGGUCUACUUAAUCCCCAAUGCGCAUGAUUCUGUGCACAUUGUAGGCCAUUUGUUCCUCGCUGUAUGAAGUAGAAAAUCCGCGGCGGAAGUUUCAACAAUUGUUUACGACUGGCAAGCUGCAUGUUGUCCCGAAGGCGUUCUCGCACUCACUGGUAACUGAGUCACGACCGUCAUUGGAAUAUCCGUAUGACCUCGCACAUGAGCGUACGCUACAUUACGCUGCAGGACCCAAUCGCGCAAUCAUUUCUGAACAGUUGUAUGACGCGGUUCUGUAGUAAUGUAUCUGCCGCCUUCUGUCCUUUCCAAUUCAUCUGAUUUAUUAAAUUCGAUGACGUUUGACAGUUAUGACAUGACCCCUUCUCCUUCACUGUGGUCCGAAUAAGAUUCCAAUCGACCGAACUAGGUUGGCAACGGUUCUUGCAGCUUGUGUCGAUUUCAAAUCUCAUUAAUAUUACGACAUCUCGCCGGCGUCUACAUAUUCUUUUAGAUUUUUUUGAGCAUGACAGCUAAAAAGACUAACUACAGUAUAUGGGGGUGAGCACGGAGUGCGUUUGUCACGCUAGCGUCAGCGAAUGGUGUCGCCACCACCGCAUGCGUGAUGUCCCGCCUACCUAAUUGCAGUACAUCGACUCAAUAUCAACUGCUGUUAGUUUCACCUUCGUUUUUAAAGGCAUUUCUUUACUAAUACCAUCCGAUUUUCCUUUUUCGCGGGUGAAAUAAUUCCUGGGUACCUUUUAUGUUGUUUCUACUUGCGAUCCGAAACCGCAAGUGACUCAUUUUCCACUUCCUAUCGUGUCCUGUCGUUUUUUCUGACAACCAACUUCUGCAAUGGUGGCUUUUCAGCUAUCCGAUAAGGAUUAUUCAUUCCCGUAGCCUUCUGUGGAAAUAAAAAUCGGUUUAAAUUCCCAUACUCUAACCCUUUUUCGUCUGUGUUUAUCAUUGAACGUUGAACGUUCUCGUUGUUCUUGCGUCACAACUUUUUUUCUUUAUGAUUUCUCUGACUUCGAACUUUUCCUGGUCAUCUUACUUCGACGCCACACUCAUGACUAGGGGAGUUGCGCUAUCCCCUCUGAGAUCCCAAACGCCCUCGUCGAGUACCCGCGCUGGUGACUCCUUAGUAAGACGGGCUAGCUGUCUUCUUCACCGGAUUUAUCAACAUAACUUCCCUGACCUUUUUGCCUGUACUUACUAAUUCAGUGUAAUCAAGUCUAUGAUGUCAGAAUGGCAUUUUCAAGGCCCACCACCUAGGAAGCUGAUGUGACGACUUGACCGGUGGCAUUUUCUGUAAACGGUAAAUUAGGACGGUUUUUUUUGUUAAGGUUUGGCAUUCCAUCCUAAACGACCAUGGAUCCUCUCGAGUCUUCAUACUGGCGUAAUUCAGCUGUGGGACUAUCGGGCGUGUACUUUGAUUGACAAAUUUGAGGAACACGAGGGCCCCGUUAGAGGCAUAGACUUCCACAAAAAUCAGCCCCUAUUUGUCUCUGGUGGUGACGACUACAAAAUAAAGGUUUGGAACUACAAACAUAGGAAGUGUCUUUUCACCUUGCUCGGCCACCUGGACUACAUCCGGACAACCUACUUCCAUCAUGUAAGUUGUCAUUUUUACAUGUCUCGGACUUAUCUCAGCAUUUUUUGCUAGCCACACCCCAUUAUUUGUAGGAGCUAAAAUUUAGGGUGUUAUCUUACUUCCAGGUGUACCUUGUGUAUGUGUCCUGGUGGAGACUUAACUUGGCUGGGCUAGUAGUGUUCGGAGCGUUUUGCCGCACCUGGUGCCUAUUUCACAUUACCCCUACCUGCAUUAAGCUUUCAUUUGUGGUUUCACGGAACCGUGAGUCGGUCAUGCCCUGGUAAUUGCUCAAAAUUGAUGGGAGUAAGUCGGACCAGGGUAGUCGAUGUAUCUCCAGCCGCAGCGGAUUUCUUCCUUCGUUGGAAGGAAACAACUGUGUUGAUUCACGUGGAGACAAGGCUUAGGCCAAGUCAGUCACUGCGUACAAUUUCUAUGCCCGUUCGCCUGGCCUAGUUUUGCGACUUAGUCACGGUCAGAAUGGGAGGAGAGAGGGCAACCAAUGCUGUGCAGGCCCUCAGCAUAAUCUAACUCGCAAAUCUUCCUCACCAUUUAGUCACCAGCACCAUACCCAUUCCAACCUCGCAACCUCGGAGGGUCCUACAGAGAGGGUAACUUGUAAUCCAACAGGCCGCCUAAAUCAAUUCGGGUCGUCUUUUUGCUGAACCAUUCGUCAGUCGUAGUGGAAUUUGGUAGCUGUGCCCUAUUUAUCGACGCAAUACCCGCCUCCUCAUGGACCUAGGGACUGGGAAAGAUACUCUGAACGAAUGAUUGUUCAUGCCGUUCACACAACUGAUUGUGACUGCAAGACGUGGCAUACACGGUCGAAACACGAUGAUAAGAAACAGAACAUGUCCCCAUCACUCCCCCUUCGGCCAGUGUGACCUCAUCCAUUCUGGCGAUCUGGACUGUAUUCUAUUUAGGUAACUGUAUGUCUAACCGACAAAUCUGAUUGUCCGCCAAUUUGCGCGAUAGAACAUAAACAUCUACAUCCUCUACAAGACCCGCCUCUCAGAACAUAAACGACUGAAUGAAGUGGGAGCUGGAUACACCUCCAAGGGCGACUGUCAUAGGGGAACCGUAAUCAUUCUCUUUAUCAGUUACAUAUCGAACCACUUAUUACAAUGCGGCUUUAACUUUUGGGGAAGAGAUUUGCAACCAGUUUUAACGCCCCUGCUCCGACAAUGCCGAGCUCUGUUACUAUGUACUCCUUCUUCGUUGAAAAUUCCAAGUGGAGCUUGAAACUGAAACUUUCAGAGACCACAUAUCACAGGGUCAUCGAGGGUUAACUGCUACUUGCUUCUCGGAAGCUUUUGCCAUUAUCACCGUUGACGAAGUACCAUAAGAAGCAACAAACGCGUUGGAUGGGAGAUCACAUCACCAAACAUCACAUCACAUCAACAAGGUGUUCUUGUCCAACGAAGAGAAGCUCGCUUUGAAUGGUUCAAACAAUUGGAUGUAGUACUAGCAUGGCUUGAUACCUGCGAUAGACAAGGGUUUGGAAGAGGCAGUGCUAUGAUCUUAGGAUCUUUUGUUUCGCGCAAAAAGUUGAAAUUGGUUUUUUUGCCGUCAACACACAAUGCUAGGUCAUAAACAGACACUUUCCGCUCGAUCGCUGUCUUGUUUGAGCGAUGGACAUGUAGCGUACUCGUGAACCAGUGAACGAAUCUGUGGCUAGCAAGCAAUCGCUGAACUCCGACCUUAACCCCAGCAACGAACCUAUGGGGAAUGUUAUCCAGUCAGCCGAAGAAUCAACUGGAGAAGACCAUUCGGCAAGCGGGAGGUGCGUUGAGUGGAGUGAAACUCGAUUAUUUGAGUGAUGGCAGGAAUAGGUGUUGUGUUUAAAUUAUACUACGAAAUGAAAACCAUGUUGUUUUAAGUUUAGAAAGUGGUGCCGAAAUGUGAGUGGCCUAGUAAUAGAGGAACAGCCACAUUUUGACUAUUCUUGUUAUUUGGCGUCGUACUAAAUCAUUUUGGGGUAAAAUCUUAUUCGCACUAAGAGCCGACACUUCUCACCGUCACGCAGAAUUAUUGAAACUUAAGCCAAAACAUGUAUUCUUACAGUUUUGCAACAGACCAUGUGGCCCCAGGUAGGAAAAGUAUCCGCAUCAUGAGGAUCACGCCGAUCGGGCUCAAGAAAUCUCGCCAUUAAAUCCCCGUACAUCCUCAGAGUUCACGUAUUUUACGUCACUCACAAGGACAGUUAUCGCCCUAGCUUUCACGAUUUUCAGAACGAUCUAUAAUGACUGGCAGAGAACUUGCUAGGUUUAGUGAUGAGCAGGCCUCAAGAGGUAGUUUGUUGACACCUGAAAACAGACUAUUAGGCUUAUCUUGUUUUCUGUAGUUGGUAGUUUCAAUCGUGGUUAUGGAAAAAUGCAGAGACGUUAACAAAUAAUCCUUAGUUUACCCAUACAUCAAUUGAUUGUGUUGGUUUCUCUUGCGUUAAAACACUUGUUAGUUUGAACCCUCCAACGGUUACUUGGCACUUCCUAGCUGUCUCCCCAGGAUCACUCUCGUAAUGAAAGGGGCAUUAGCGUAUUUCGAUGGAUUGAAUUUUAACCUAGUCUAAGUCAGAAAGACGGAAUUCAUGUAAGUGCCACUUAUCUGCACCGUCGCAGGGGAGAGUAGAAUCUCAGGAUUUGACCACAGCUGCGACGUUCCAUCCCCGUAACCGUCAUUAAGUGUCCUCGCAGAAACUCGCAUAUUUUUCACUACGUGAACUAGACAAGGGGUGCUAAUUGCACCGGUCCCAUAGACGCCCUAGCUGUACCCGAAGCACCUUUUUUCAUGCCUUUUUAUUAUCAUUUUUUGUAGGAACACCCUUGGAUCCUCAGUGCCUCAGACGACCAAACCAUCCGCAUCUGGAACUGGCAGUCGCGAACGCCAGCCUGUGUGCUAACUGGCCACAGCCACUAUGUAAUGUGUGCACAGUUUCACCCUAAGGAAGACCUUGUCGUUUCCGCCUCGUUGGAUCAGACUGUCCGCAUCUGGGACAUUUCUGGCUUCCGAAAAAAGAAUGUCGCCCCAAGCAAUAUGACCGGUCUCGAGGUAUUUCUGUUUUUCACUCUCGAGGAGGAUUUGGACUUAUACUGCGUUCUGCUUAAAUUAAUAAACUCUUCGUGCCCACUGCAUAUAAUUUUUCAGCUUCAUAUAGAAACAGGCCGGCCAUCUAUUCCUUCACUUCUCCACCAUGCCUAGUCUUAGGAAAACAAUUUUUCUUCAUACUCCAAGCUCGUACUUUAAGAUACUUGUGCCAGACCGAUCCUCCACUUUAAUCACUUCCCGUCCUAUUAAUUUUUGUGCUCUUGCGACCCGUAUUACAUCGAAUUACUUUAAAAGGUUAAACAAAAUUUCAGCCGAAUAUGUGCUCCAUCCUUCGACUCGAAUUUUUUUUCCAACUACCUCCGCCUUGCCUUUACAACCAAGAUUUCGACUGUCUGCUUGUCUUUACUCAUUCCUAUUUGUUAAGCAAACUGAUAAACGUGUGACAUAUCCUGGAACUUUCUGAAUAUACUUUUAAAAACUAGGAGCAAAUGCGCUAUCUGACGGGUGGAUCCGGACAUGGUGGAUCGAGCUCUCCUAUAGGUGGCAAUGCCGAGUUAUUCGGUACAGCAGAUGCUGUUGUUAAGCACGUCCUGGAGGGCCACGAUCGCGGCGUUAACUGGGUCGCCUUCCACCCAACCCUGCCGAUUGUUGUCUCCGCAUCAGAUGACAGGCAUAUUAGGCUUUGGCGUGUGACAGGUAAUUUACCAGCACCACUUUGCACCAUACCACCUCUCGUAUUAUUAACUAAACCACGCAGUGUUUUUGUGGACAAAAUAUGCCUUUUCGGAAGUCCAAGCUGGUCAUUGCAGGUUCCUUUUUGAAUGGAUUGUUUGACUUGUCACAUUUGCUGGUUUCAAUCUGAAAAUUCCCAAAAUAAUAUCAUAAAAGUGUAUCAUUGAAAUUUCGGUUCUGACCCUAAAAAGUCAUGUCCCGGCGAUUUAACUCCAAGUCCUGCACUGAUUAAUUUCUGAAAUUAUUCACCUGAUUAUUCUCUGGAGUUCAUAUACCAGAAACCGCUAGAGAACGCUGGGGGUCCCACUGAAGAGCCGAACCCCUCGCAGCUGUGUCCCGCAGCGGCAGAAUAUCGGCGGAACACGUGUCUGGGCUUUUAGCAAGUAUCUAUUUAGGGAGUACGGUAUAAUACCUUUACAAUAUAUAAAUAUAUAUAUAUACCGAUAUGCGUAAAGAUUCGAGUUCCAGACAUUGUAUCGCGUUCAUCAUCUCCCGAAGAAGACGAAGAAGAAGAGAGGGCGAAUCCAUGGACCAUAUUGUAUUCGAACUGACGUUUCGGAAUCUUCCUCGUGAUGAUGGAAACGAGGAAGUUUCCGAAACGUCAGUUCGAAUACAAUAUGGUCCAUGGAUUCGCCCUCUCUUCUUCUUCGUCUUUUUCGGGAGAUGAUGAACGCGAUAUAUAUAUCGAUAUGCGUAAAGAUUCGAGGUCCAGAUAUUGUAUCGCGUUCAUCAUCUCCCGAAGAAGACGAAGAAGAAGAGAGGGCGAAUUCAUGGACCAUAUUGUAUUCGGACUGACGUUUCGGAAACUUCCUCGUUUCCAUCAUCAGAGGAGCGUAAUUGUUGCACUUGCGGGUCUUGAGUUGUUCAGUCUUGCCGCUUGCCUCGUGUGUGAAGUUGGUCUAAUUGGUUUCUCUUGACAAUGACAAAUGUGCUCUGAUGAAGAAAGUUAUCAAGCAGAAGUGAAAUGCCUUUUCAAAUUAUUUUCCCACAACGGCUACCCGCGCCACUUUGUGCAUCAUUGCAUGAAACAUGAGUUUAAACAGAAAGGUAUUUCGAAAACAGCGGCCACCCAAGCACCAAACACUUUCACCUGGCGGACCCUCCCAUACAUCAAAAAUGUAUCUGAACUCGUCGAAAGACAACUGAAAAAGCAUCAGAUACACGUAGCACACCAACCUACAACCACCUUGCGUACACAGAUUGUACACCCUAUGGACAGGGUUGGUUAUCUUGAUAGGAAAGGUGUUGUCUACAAGAUACCAUGUUCCAGUUGUGAUGCCGUGUAUUGUGGCCAAACUGGGAAAUCCGCCUCUACCCGCAUACAUGAGCAUCAGUUAGCGGUGAGGAGACGAGAUCAUUUAUCCCAGGUGGCUAUGCACACACUGGACACAAAUUUGCAUGGGAGAACACCCGCAUUGUUGGCGCCUGCCCAAUAAGGAAAGGCCGCGAAUUCCUGGAAGCAAUGCACUCAUAUGAGGCAUGCAUCAAUCGGCAUAUCGAUUUAGAUGCCACGUACAAAUUUCUCAAGGACAAAUGGAAGCGAGCGCAGCCAAUGCCGAGGGGAUGACGAAAUCGUUGACGCGCAUUGGCGCAGGCUUCGGCCAACCAUAGAAUCACUUGUUUGACACGGUUAAAUAGUUAACUGUUUUUGUACAUUGCCCAAAAGUCUGACGACGAGCUGGGGAACCAGACUCGAAAAUUUACUCAUUAAAGUUUAUUCCCUUCCCAAAGAAUUCUACUUAUUUUCAAAUAUAUAUAUAUUGGAACGCAGGCAUCCCAAGAAAUAUAAUUUGAAAUCAAAUACGUUCUUUGGGAAAGAGAGAAAUCUUUAUUGAGUAAAUUUUCGACGUCGAUUCCCCGUGUCGUCGUCAGACUAGAGUAAAUAUGCAGAAAACAACUAAAAUUUCAAACGUGCUACAAAAUCAAUACUCAUUUGGUGCCUCAGCUAGUAAGCUGCCGUCGUAUGUGUCAGUCCGUAUUGAUCGGCUUUCGUCUCUUCCACUUUUCUCUGAGAUUUUUGUACGUGGCAUCUAACUCGAUAUGCCUGUUGAUGCAUGACUCAUUGGAGUGCAUGGCUUCAAGAAACUCUCGGCCUUUUUUAGAUGGGCAAACUCCGACGAUGCGAGUUUUGUCCCAUGCGAAAUUGUGCCCAGUAUCAAGAGUGUGCAUGGCCAUUUGAGACAAGUGGUCUCGCCUCUUAACUGCAAGUUGAUGUUCGUGGAUGUGUAUAGAGGCAAAUUUUCCCGUUUGGCCACAAUAUACGGCAUCAGAGGCAUCGCAUGGGAUCUUAUAGACGACUUCUUUUUUAUCGAGAUAGCCAACCCUAUCCUUAGGGUGUACAAGUUGGGUGCGUAAAGUAGUCGUCGGUUUGUGCGCCACUUUUAUCUGGUGUUUCCUCAAGUGUCUUUCAACAAGUUCAGACACAUUCCUGAUGUAAGGAAGGAUUCGCCAAGUGUUUGCUUUGGGCGCUUGAUUGGAACUAUUUAGUUCCUUUGUUUUUAUCUCUUGUUGUUUUAUGCAUCGACGUACGAAAUCUCUAAGGUAUCCGUUCUGGGAAAAUAAUUCAAAUAGGUAGUUUGGUUCAACUUUGUAGCUUUCUUCAUCAGAGCAAUGUGUUUUUGCUCGAUGUAUCAGACUUUUGACAGUACUCUGCUUGUGAGAGAUGGAACGUUGCUUUCAUAGUGCAGAAUUAUUUCUGCAUAUGUUUCUUUGCGGUAAACGGAGGUGUGUAAUGUUCCGUAAGUCUUACGCUGUACGAGAACAUCUAGAAAUGGGAGUUUAUUGUCAAGUUCUUUUUCCAACGUGAAUUUAAUUCCCGGAACGGUUGAAUUGAUUGUGUUGUGGAGUAUUUCUAGUUGAUCCGUUUUAACGACGACAAACGUGUCGUCUACAUAUCGUACCCAUAACUUAGGGUUAACUAAUGGAAGAGCCACCGAUUCCAAUUUCUGCAUUGUCACCUCGGCAAGAAAGCCAGAUAUGGGUGAUCCCAUUGGAGCACCUUUUAGUUGUUGAUAAUAUUGGUGAUCGAACGAAAAAUUGGUUUCUAAACAAAGGUCCAUUAGUUCAAGUAAGGCAGCUGCAGGAACAUCCGUGUCAUAGGACUUUAGGAGUUCAUCUGUGCAUUGCCUUGCGAAAUCCAGUGGUAUGGAAGUGAACAAAGAAAUCACAUCAAAGGAGACCAUUAUCUCAUCCGCGGAAAUUGUGAAGUCUCUCAAUUUCUCUAGAAAGUCCAUGGAGUUCUGAAUGGAAGUGGCACAAUCUCUCGUACGAUGCCCUACCCUAUUUGGGGCGUCUAGUUCGAGGAAUUUCUGCAUGGCUCUCGUGGGGUUUUUCCAUACCUUGUCAACCAUCUUGCCUAAUAAAUCAUCUGCAGUUCCUUGAAACAACGUUCUCCUGUGGAACGUUUUAAAUUAUUACCUGCCAUUUAUCACUAAAGAAAAGUCAAAUUAUUUUUGGUUGUGGAUAGGUUGUUUAGCUCCAUUGUCUUCCGUAUACACAGCUAACUACUAUACUUGUUUAAGUAGGCCUUGUGUUGUUUGCCAUUUUAUGUCAGCAAGAAGUGGCCCUUCUUUGUUACCUAGCCCAUUUGUAUGAUCGCAUUCACGGAGUUGUUUCAUUGUGAACUUUUUAUCGAGAAAAUUUCUUGACAUUAAGUGGCCUUCGGUUUCCGCUCCCAACCCUCUGCAAUUCGUUUUGUCUUACCCCGACUACAACAAGUUCUGUAAGGACCUCAUUCCUUGUUUCUUAUGUUAGACGGCGUUCGUCAGUAAUAUCUUGCGUUAAGCAUUUACAUGUUUGCACCAGCAUGCUGCUUUCCCUACCAGACUGCUUGAGAUGAGGCUGUUCAGUCUUCGACCUCCUCGACUUCUAACACGGUUUUUUUGUCGAACUCGUACGUCAUGACUUACUUUUUUCUCCAAAAGGGGCUAGCAUUAGCCUGCUACUAAUGAUGCAACAGGAGGCCGACCCGUUAUCGAGGUCAAACAAGCCCACAGCACCUGUCCUGCAGGGGAAAAAACAGUCAAUGCCGCUGGUCUCCAUUUAGAAGCAUUUGCAGAUAGUACACUGCAAAGAACAUGUACUUUAGAUAAUCUUACCUCGGAGAGCUGAGCAGCGAUUGGGUCUUGUAGAUACUCACCGUACUACGAGUACUGUGAGAGUCUUGGGCCCUGUCUGGUUUAAGUCGCAUAGGCCGAAGGGCCUUGUUCCCCGCCUUGCCAAUAAUAGAAUAGUUCAACUGUGUCGACUUUAUAUACAGAAAUGUACUUACAAAUGACCGAUAAAUUGGCUAUAGAAAGCAGCCAUUCAGCUUCGCCAUACAGAUUGCUUCUGUACCGCGCACUUUUCGGCAAUAUGUGACAGGAAAUUUCUCCACGCCCACGUUAGGCCCAUGGUGUUUAGGCCAAACCAUGGGCGAUAUUGGGCCUCAUCCAUGUGUGUCCGCAUUGGGCCAACCUGACACCGGGCCUCCUUCGUGGCGCUUCCUUUCCAGUCUGCUCCAAUACGCCUCGAUCGCAUCGGUGUGUUUCGCCGUCGUUGGAUCUUUAAAAUUUCUGUAGUGAUUGACGGUGAAACGUUCAUAGCCUUCGGAUGGCAGACGCUUGUAGGCCGUCUAUUCAUCGGUUACGAUGCUGCUUCCCGUCGCGACCCACUUUAUAGCAGCUCUUAGGGCAGGCCAACUUCCGUCGUUGACUUUCUGAAUAGCGUCUUUUUUCGCUUGGUGUGUUGCAUACCCGCCAGUCAAAACUGCCUUCUGCCUCUGUCGACACUGUACUUACGGCGGCUGAUGAGUGUUUCAUCAACAUGAGCCUCUAUUCCCAGACCACCAGUCUGUUUUGUUUCCUUCAUGAGGGCGAUUGAUCAUGCAUCGCAACACAUUACAUACCAUCGGACUGCUGUCAUAUGGCAUGUUCCAUUAUCUUCCCUGCAUUUUUACUCUUGUUCCUUGUAUAAACGCCAGCCAUAUCUUCAUGACUGUUCUGAUUGUAAGUCGACCCUUCUCAGAUAUUCAGCCCUAUCUAAGGGCCUUUCUACUUCAGCAUCGGCCGCACCGGAACGCAUACCCGUCCGUGUGCAGCCUCGAGACUUGCUAUCGCAUUAGGCGUCCACAAUGGCAAGCUAUCACAGUCGGCAGUAGUCCUCUUGUUUGGCAAUAUUCGACCACUUUUUUCGAGUUGAUAACUUUCAUUAUUUCUUCCGUUUUCGUUAUAAAAUCGGCUUGUGGUUGCCUGGCCUUUCUGCUUUCUGGCUUUCGUUAUUUCGCUCCUUGUUCGCUGGUGUGCCUUGUUUUGACUUCUUUAACGUUCAUUUGCAUCUCAAAACCCCGCGUAAAAUUUCGUAUUGGAACCAAUUAUCACUUAUUAUUCUUAUUUGCAAUUGUUUGCUCGUUUCCUUGCUUCCUGGCCUAAUGCAAACUUAUCAGUCGCGGUCUAUCCAAAUACCGUUUUUUAUUGAGUUGUUCUUUAUUUUUUAAAUUAACACACCCAAUUCUGUUGCCAUAUAAAACCGUAGGAGAAGAGUUUUGACGAAGAUCUAUUUUUAUGCUUCCCUGCAUACAUUUCACUUCUUGCCCACCGUGAUGCCACAUCCGCAAAACCCCUAAUACCGUCGUCGCCCUAUUACGCCACUCGCAGAUUACCGGUGGAGAAGUUGGGUUAUACAACCUAUCGUCGCCAUUUUUGUCAUAAUGAAUUACAUUACUUAUUUUGUUUGAAAAAAUGCAAUUUAAAAAUAUGCUGCCAUUUCGGGCAAAACAUCUCUCGAAAUAGAUACUCAUUGAAGUUUACAGUGCCGUAUCAUCUAACGAAGUAUUUAUACCGUCAGUUCCUUCUACGACACUACCAUCACACUUGGUGACACUUAGUGUGGGUGUUGGGUGUGGCCGUAGAUAUUUAUCGGGUGCGGUGUCAAAUGCGACCAGUACUGGCGCUGACACCGAAAAUAUAUUUUGGAUCUCGAAUGGUGGACUUAGCACGCGUGAGAGAUAUUUGGGCCGCCUUACCACUGCCGGCUGAAUCUCGAUGUCCAGCGCAUUCUUUGUGGCCCUAGGAUUAAAAGCAAAGCUGCGGAACCUGCCAAAUUUAAUUGAAUUAUCACCUGCACUCACAUUUUAGAAACUAAGGCAUGGACUUUGGACACGCUUCGCGGCCACGUCAACAAUGUCAGUUGCGUCCUCUUUCAUCCAAAGCAGGAUCUCCUCUUGUCAAACUCCGAGGACAAAUCAAUACGCGUCUGGGAUCUGGCCAAGAGAACCUGCGUCUCCACAAUCCGUCGCGACAAUGAUCGUUUCUGGGUCCUCGCAGCGCACCCUACACUCAGUCUCUUUGCGGCUGGCCAUGAUGAGGGCAUGGUUGUCUUCAAACUGGAGCGCGAGCGUCCCGCCUUCACAGUCUACAAGGAUUUGCUCUUCUACGUCAAAGGAAAAGUUCUGCGUCGCCUUGACUUUAACACUAAGAAAGACUCUCCCGUUCUACAAUUAAAAGAGUAAGUCUUAGGCCCGCUUGUUAGCACUAUGCAUGCACUCCUUGGUUUGCCGAAAUCCAACGCAAAUACUCUGGACGCGUUGCAUCUUUCGCGGCCUUUGGCAGUGCGCAAAUAGCUGCUAUAAUUAAUACCUAUGACGAUUCACUUUUAACGCUGAUCGUCAACGUAACUUGCUGCUUAUGCUACUUGACAAGCAGUAGCCGCCAGCCUCCUUCACACAAGGACGGAGUGUAACUCACAAUAGCUGAAGUUUCCACUACAACUUCGAUGUGCGGUAGAUGUGCUAACUCGUGAAAUGCAAACCGAAAUUCCGAAAUGUGUUUUCGACUCUGGCAUAUUACUUAAGUAGGGUUGUAAUACUAUUCACGGUGCGACACAAUUUCAUGAUAACUCAGUUCCUCUAAAACACUGGCUUUUGAAUAAACUUAUUUCCGGCCGCCUGCAACAACCUUACUCUGGAAAAAAUGGCUACUUAAGUAGUAUACGUUUUCCUCAUUGAUUUUCAAUACGCUUAUGAAUUCAACUAUAUUUUUUAGAAAACAUGCAUAAAAAUACUUAUUCUUUUACUCAUUUGGUAGAAAAUUACGUCUUCUUUAGAUUUUAUACUUGAAGGGAGGGUAUAAUUCGGUUUUAGAAAACUUUUCCAAUUCCCGAACAAUUUUGAGCCUGACCUGUCUUUAUACUUGUAUUCAGGGUUUCCAAGCUACAAGCUGUAUGUUUUCCAUGUACGGAAAAUCAUACAUAUCUAUACGGUGUUAAAAGGAGGCUAUAUGGUGUUCAUAAAAUUUAACGGUGGAUUUGAGCCAUAUUGUAGACUUUACAAGCAGAAUUGGUAAAUGCAGAGACACGAUGUUUUAUGAGCAGGCAUUUCACGGUCUUAAAAAAUCUCACAAUUAGAACCUUUUUUAAAUCCGAAUUAGGCCCUCUCUUCAAGCACAAAAUUUAAAGAAGACGUAAUUUUCUAUCAAAUGAGUAAAAACUGGGUAUUUUUAUGCAUGUUUUUCAUUAAACAUAUUUGAAUAUAUAAGGGCAUCGAAAAUCAAGUAGAAAAAUCCAAGCUACUUAAGUAGCCAUUUUUUGCAGGCGGCCGAAAAAGAGUUUGUUUAAAAGCCGACAUUUUAAAGGGAACGAAUUAUCAUGGGAUUGUGCCGCACCAUGCUUAGUAUUGCAAACCUACCUAAGUAAUCUGCUGGAGUCGAGAACGCAUUCCAGAAUUUUGGUUUACAUAUCACGAGUUAGCACAUCUACUGUGAUGCCAAAAAGAAUGCUGUUUGUUUAAUGUUUAGUACUUGUUCCUGACAGUCUAGACCAGUGAGUUGCGUCACUGAGGGCUAAAACAUAUUUACUAUUUCAGUCAUGCAUAUUUCUUCUAUCUAAAUAUCCUUAUCUGAAUUGCUUUUUUGCAGUGGUCGCGGAAUCCCCUUCGCCGUUGCCUUCAAUCACAUUGAAAAUGCAGUCGUCAUCUCUAGCCGUCCACAGUUUUCCGACGCAAAGUCCUCAAAUGGAACCACAACCAACGUUGUCUACGAUAUUUACAUUCUUCCUAAGAUUGAGGAAGGUUCUACCCCUGGUCAGGUUGACAGUCGCGGUGGACAGGGCUCCUGUGCGGCUUGGGUCGGACGAAACAAGUUUGCCGUCCUGGAGUCGCCUGGUGUGAUUGCCAUUCGCACUCUGACCAAUGAACGAGUGAAAAAGAUUGAACUGACCGGCGUCGACUCCCUCUUCUACGCUGGCACUGGUAAUCUGUUGGUGCGUGACUCGUCCAGCCUCAGCAUCUAUGGUCUGGCCAAUGGGCGCAGUCUCUUUUCUCUGAAGAAUACGAAACCCAUUCGUCAAGCUGUCUGGUCGCCUGACGGCCAGUAUGUGGCUUUCUUCAGCAAGAUGUUUUUAUACCUCUGUAACCGUCAGAUGGAGAUAAAAGCCAGCAUACAUGAGACGGUACGCAUUAAGAGCGGUGCGUGGGAGGAGGAAGGCGUUUUCAUUUACACUACCAGCACCCACAUAAAGUACAGUCUACUGAACGGAGACCAUGGUAUAAUCCGAACUCUGGAUCUACCCAUCUACAUCACGGCAGCACGUGGCAACUCAGUCUUUUGCCUAGACCGGGACUGCCAGCCUAAAGUCCUGUCUAUCGAUCCUACCGAGUAUCGCUUUAAGCUUGCUCUUGUUAAUCGACGCUACGAGGAAGUUUUGCAUAUGGUGCGCAACGCCAACCUUAUUGGCCAGGCCAUCAUCGGUUACCUGGAGGAGAAGGGCUACCCCGAGGUGGCGCUGCACUUUGUCAAGGACACGCGCACGCGAUUCUCACUCGCAAUGGAUUGCGGCCAGCUGGAAGUCGGCCUUGAGGCUGCCCGUGCCCUCGACGACAAAGUUUGCUGGGAACGUCUGGGUGAAUCAGCUCUGAGGCAGGGCAACCUUUCGGUCCUGGAGAUGGCCUACCAGCGCACCAAAAAUUUCAGUAAGCUCACGUUCCUAUACCUCAUCGCCGGGAAUCUGGAGAAACUACGGAAGAUGAUGAAAAUUGCGGAGAUUCGGCGAGACUUUUCUAAACAGUACCAGAUUGCUCUCUUGCUGGGUGAUGUGCCCGAGCGUAUCAAAGUGCUGAAGUCAUGCCAUCGUAAUUCCCUCGCCUAUCUGACUGCAGCUACCUUCGGCUUGUCAAAUGAGGCCAGUGAUCUAGCCACCCAGCUGAUCCAGGAACAUACUACGAAGGAGGGGGUCGAACCACGACUACCCGAGGUUAAUCCCAGUGCUAAGUUGUUAGUGCCUUCUCCACCAGUUAACGACGGACUAGCUCAGGUGGGCGCCAACGGGGAAAUAAACGAAGGCCUUGUGGGUCCCACCGCCAACUGGCCCACGCUUGCCGUGCACAAGGACUUCUUCGAGGCUGCCUUCUCGGCGCGAAACAAAACACUGGAGGACUCAAGCCCCCAGGGUCCACGAAUCACUCUUACGGCCAAAGAGGGCGCUGCUAUGGACUUGGGCGACGUUGAAGGCGCUAACUGGGAUGAUGACAAUGAUCUGGGCACUGGGGAGCGUGAUAUCUUUGCGGAUGCUGCGGAGGAUGGUGACCUAGGAGGCGACGCUAGCGAGGGGGAAGGUAACCUUGUUCAUGUACAUGCAGUUAGCUUCUAUAUAAUUAGCUAUUACAAAAUCAGAACUCGAUCGUUACCGACAGUAUUGACAAAAAGCUCUAUUUUUAGGUGGCUGGGACAUAGAUCAGGACCUCGACCUCCCACCGGAAGUGCUUGCCACCAUCGAGGACAAGCCCGGCACUGGCGUCGCUGGUGUGGACUCAGAAUUUGUGGAGCCUGUACCUGGACGUUCAGUGGCCAGCUACUGGGCAGAAAACUCCAACUUUGUAGUGGAUCAUGUCUGUGCUGGCGAUUGGACUCAGGCAAUGUUCCUACUGAAUCAGCAGGUUGGCGUAGUUGACUUCUCUCUCUACAAACCCGUCUUCCAAGCAAUCUUUGCUGCAUCCAGACUAGCUUUGCCAGGAAUUCAGAAUACACCCACAGUGACUGUGUACCCUCAGCGUAACUGGGCCAACAUGCGGAGUGGUGUCGCCUCUGGUCUUCCCGCCGUGCCAGUUAGACUGGACACUCUUCUCUCACGUCUUCAAAUUGCCUACCAGCUGACAACGAAGGCUAAGUUUGCCGAGGCGGUCGAGCGUUUUCGCGAGAUCCUGCUUCUCGUGCCUCUGCUUGUUGUCGAAAAUAGUACUGAGGAGAGUGAAGCUAAGAGUCUGCUGUCGAUUUGCAGGGAGUACAUCGUCGGACUGCAGAUGGAGAUGACCCGAAAGUCUCUUCCCAAGGAGACAGACCAGGUACGUUUCUUGACUUCUAAUUGAAUAGACCCGAAAUGUGUGCAUCGUUUCAUACUGCACAUGGCCCAUUUCUUGUAUUUACUAGGUGGUGGUAUCGGGUGUUUCGAUAGUAUCCCAAGUAGCAAGUGUCGGAAAUUCGCAUUUUCUAUAAAUUCUAUGCUUUUGUGAUGACUGUGGGCGUGCAGAGCGAUAGGUCUUUCAUGACUUGGCCUUGGUUUUCUCAAUUUAAACGUAUCGCUUCUGAGUAUUGUCUUUCUUAACCUUUUGUUAAAUUGUCACUACUCAGUAUCCUUGCUCCUAACGUCGUGUACGAAUUUGGCCGAUCGUGCGUUUUUGUAUCUUGCUCUUCGACUGAUUGAACAGUGUUUUACCUACCCUUUUGUGAAUGACCCUUGCAAACGCACUUGAGCAGAUUACAGUCCAGCACUGCCACUUAAAGACAUUCUGUAAGAGACCCGAAUAAUCAGCAAAUUAGUUACAGAGGAAUGCUAGACCGUUCAACAGCAGAGAAGCACGUCAGAUAACUGAUUUGCCGGAGAAGCCUAGAUCAGUUAUUUUUUGUUUUCCUUAACACCAACCUUGUAAUAAAUUGCGUUUGUUAUGUUUUCAUAAUUUCAUCUUUCUAGAAAAUCCAUAGGAUUUUUGAUGACUCAAAUCUACGGAUUUAACAUAUUUUUUUCUCGUGAAACCCCUACUGGACUAUGCCAUCCCACCGCCAUGGGCUUUCUUCUCCGCUGAGCUGAGGGAAGCAGUAGAUUUCCUGUUAAGCUCGGAAAAUUUUCCCACUUUAAUUCUCGUUCGCCCAAUUGUUAAGGGAAUUAUUUCCUCACACAAAUUUUCGUUUUAAGACACCUCUUGUGUCGAGUAAUGGUAGCAACUGACCUCGGUUUUGGAAAACCGGGUAGAUAUCUGUCUCAUCCUAGUUAUAUCUAUAUAUCCUCGAUUGUGCACUUCCUCACGAUUUGUCCUUUUCCCGGUUUUUUAGCUUUUGUUUUUAUAGGCUUGUGCACGGAAUAACCGCGAAUAAUCUCUCCUCAAGCGUCUUUUUUCUAUACUCGGUUCUCCUCUGUGGGCUUUGGCUUCUAAAAGGUUAAAUAGGGUAGUAGAUCAUUCGUGUGAAUUUGAAUGAUGGGGACUGCGCGAUCGGUUUGUACAAUGUUCGGCUACCGAAAUCUCCUCAGUUCUUCUCCUUUUUAUUUGCCGAAGCUGAGAGGUCCCACAUGACUCCUUGUAGAGCUACUACCUCAAUUGCCCUAUUAGUAUUACUAGAAUUGCAAAUUCGGCAGAUUGUUGGGCCUACCUGGAUGAUGUUUCUGGGUGUGUUAACGUUUCCCUGCCCAACUGUCAAUAUCAACUCUUUCCUUAAUGUAAGGGAGUGCUUACGACUUUUUGUUACGUUUUUUCGAAUAAAACGUUUAUUGUUAGGCCACCGCAUGCGCCGCCUCGACUGAUUUCCCUUAUUACACGUUGGAGUCUUAGGACUGUCUUUCUAGAAUGACUUGGCCCUUUUUGGGAGGAGCGGAGUAUGCGGGUGCUAGGGAGAAUGAUCCGUCCUAAUGGCUUGAAGGUCGCGGCCAUUCCUCGGCGAUCCCACCCAGUAAUCAUUUGUGGUUCUGAGAAACUGAUCGCCGAAUCACGCCCCAUCAAUAGCCCUGAUUGGCGAGGGAGGACAAAUAAGAUUUAACCAGUGAAGAUUUGCGUUGUCUGGUUCGGACAAUCGAGCAGAACUCUGCCUGCCCGACCGCUGCACCCAGGUCCAUUUCCGGUCAUCUAUUCUUAAUUCUGCCACUAAAAUAUGACGGAUGACAAGGCACCGGAGUGACUUUGCUUUGAAACAGGACUUUCUCGUUCUAAUUGAAUUCCUCCUCCUUAACUAUCACUGUUCUUUUGAGGUAAUUGUGCUCAUCAUGUCUGACGAACUGCCUACCAGUUGGUGUUUGGCCGACUGGCAGCGUUAAAUAGAUCGCAGAUGGCCACUCAAGUCUCCCUUACAUUCGUCCUCAUACCUACCUGUAUUGCUGGUCGUCACAUGGCUGUUUGUGAGGGCCUUUGAUGGAACUCCAAAGCAAAGAGGAGCAAGCAUGUUCCUUCCUGUAAUUAGAUCGCCGAAGCGCCACUUUCUAUGAGACCUGCUAGUCCCCGUGCUUUUGAACCGUAUUAUGGACAUCCUGGCAUUGCUUUUGUCCUUAGUAUCUUUUGACAGUUAUCGUUCUCCACCCACCUCCCUUUUCGUCUACAGGACAAGGUUCGCAAUGUGGAACUUGCCUGUUACUUUACCCACAUGAAACUGGAGCUGCCGCACAUGGUGCUGACCCUUCGUACUGCAGUGAACCUACUCUUUAAGAUCAAGAACUACCGCCUCGCCGCUUUGAUGGCACGCCGUUUGCUCGACCUCGCGCCCCCCACCGAGGUGGCUGAGCAGACGCGCAAGAUCCUCAGGGUCUGUGACGCCAACCCCACUGACGCCUUUCAGCUGGCUUAUGAUCCGCGCAACCCCUUCGAGGUUUGCGCUGCCUCCUACACCCCUGUCUACAGGGGCGAAGAGUGUGUUCGGGACCCGCUCACCAACGCCUGCUACCUGCCCAGGUGGAAGGGAACCGUCUGUCGCGUGACGAAGGCAACCGAAGUGGGUCUGGUCUGCGGCGGCCUGCGUAUCAAUCCCAACGCCCGGUAG